GUAAUGCUGCAGUGUAACCAUUGGCAACACUGUUUGAAAUCAAUAAAGAUGGCGACCGGCUCGAUUGUUCGCGUGGGAAGGAUGUGGAGAAAGUUAGUGGAAACAUUCUUUCGUUGGAGACAGUUUAAUAUGCCAGGGGAACCUCUGUCAUUUGCUUUAGAUAUUCCGGGAAAAAGUUUAACAAAUAAUUUAUCUACCAUCAGAAGAGUCGACGCACUGAAACAGAUCUUGGACGACGGGUUUCUGUGGGCGGUUCCUCGCAACAGAAGAACCAUAGAACGUCGUCUCACGAGGAAAAUGGGCAGAAUUGAAAUAUUUUUUAGAGGAAAAUUUCCAAAACAGAACUUGAUCAUUUGUAAUACUUGUGGUCAUUAUCACGAAGCUCAUACCAUUUGUGGUAAUUGUUGGAAAAGAGUUAAAGAGGAAACCGAAGCAAUGCAAGAAGCAAUUCAGAAAGAGCUGAAAUUGGAACCCGUGGAGAAAGAAGUGGUGGUCUUUUACACAGACGACGAUCCACGAGCGAAAAAUAACUCUGAAAAUAAAAAAGUGGUCGAAAUUCCGAGAGAGCGGCCGGAUUGGUUCAGUAAGAAUCUUCUGACCAAAACAAACAGUUGAUAAUUCUUGCAAAAAAUACAAUUUUAAGUUUAGAACGUUAUUGUAAGCCACGAAGAUUUAAAAUUGUCUACAAAGUUAUAAUUGUUUAAUUAUUCAACGAGAUUAAAGUAGUUUUUUAUUAAAAUUAAUUAAUUAUUUAUUAAACAAAUAUUAAUUUACAUUUAUAAGAGCUGAUUAGCAGUUCAUAAUUCAUUUUUUCACAACAUUGAAACACAUCAAAUGUCUGAAAAGUUACUGUCCGUGAGUAAAGAUUUAUGUUAAGUUUUAUGUGAUAUGGCAGUUUUUUCUAUGCCAGAAAUGUCCCCAGAGGCCCCAAAAUCUGGGGGGGUCCAGAGACCUAGUGGGCCAGAUUUCACCAGAGAUUAAGCAGUCACAAGUGAGUGGUGACUGACACCACUUACUACAAAGUGGAGACGCAAGAUGUACAACUUACGGGUCUUGUAUGCAAUGUCGUACGUAUAACUUUAAUGUCAUUACAAACUUCUCGCUGCACGGUAACCUUAUGGACAUUCUGUAUCAUUAAACCAUUGACAGUAUUGAAUAAAAAUAUUUAGAUUUUGUUUAGAUUUGGAUAUAACAUUUUUUUGGGGGAUAAUUUUGAAAUAAUUUUAAUUUAUUUUUAUAGAAAUUACAUAGAGCAAAAUAUUUUACUUAUGAAUAAUAAACAGGGACUUUGUAAAAAUAAGUAAGACGGGAAAACUGAAGUUUUUGCUUAAUUUACAUUGUUUAUUACACUUAUUUUUCUAUUUUCUUUUUCCAUACUUCUCCUACAACAUUAUCUUGUUUAAUAUGUAAUCAUUUUAACUUUCUUUUUAUUCUUCUGAUUUUUAUAUAUUUAAAUCGGUGCUUUUACUGUAAUUAAUUUCUUCUUUUUCCCUGUACUGUAUUAUUUUUGUUAUAGACUUCGGUAAUGAUAAUAUUGCUAGUGUUUUCUUCUCCGUUAAAUGUAUUUUAAAGUAAUUCAUAUCCAUUAAUUGCUCUUGAAUCUCACCUUGCAAUUUAUCUUUUAGGACGUUUUUCCAAUGUUGGUCUUCUGGAGUAUGUUUUCGUAGUCUCUUAUGAUGUUUAUACUAUGGUUAAUAUUUUUUUUAUUGUGAGUUCUGUCAAUUCUGGACCAAUUACAGAUCCCAUACUUAUGCCUAUUUCUUGUGUGUAAAAAUUAUCAUUCGUAAAAAAAUAAUUACUUGUGUAAGUAAAUUCAGUAAGUUUUAUUAUGUGAUUAGUUCCAUUUGUUUACUGAAAUUCUUACAAUUACAUUUAAAGGAGGAAAGUAAAAAUUGAAUUUCACGAUAAGAGAAAAAAUAUAAUAAUUGAAAUUUUACACGGAUUAAUUUGUUUACUAAAAUUAAAUUUGGUACGUAAAUAUCGAGACUGCUCGGUACAAUAAUAUAAAUAUUUUUUAAAGUUUCUAGAAUUAACUUGUAAAAUAAAUGUUUUAGAAAGUAGAGGGUGUCACAAAGGCUUCCAUUUGUAUUAUUAAUAAACGAGACUCUGUGUUUGAUAAUUUUGUGAUCGUAAAGUUAUACUAUUUAUCAAAAGUAAUUAGAUUAAAUUGUUAAGAAUUAGUAAUUAUCGUACAGUCACGUGUAAAAGACGUCAAAUGUUACAACAACGGUGCACUGUAAUGCCAACCAUGGCAGAAAUACGCUGAUUGGCCGGUUUAGGAAAAACGUCACGACUGAAUUUACCGUUAGGUGAAUAGGAAGUGAACCCUCUAGAUAUGCUACAAAUGAGCUUAUUGCUUAGUUUGUCUUUGUCACCGUUCUGAAUCAGACAAAUGAAACAUUUGGUAAGUACCUUAAAUAUUGUAAAAAUACUCAUUUUUAUAUUAAUGUUAGAAGUGAAUGUAUAUUUGACACAAACAUAUAUGAUAAUUUGAAUCUUUGUUUUAUAUCCUGUUAUUUUUCUAAUGCAUUCAUGUUGAUACUCUCUUAACAACUUGUUUUUGUUUACAGAAAAUGGCCAAAAUACAAAACGAGUCUCGUCGGCAAACAACAGAAAUAUGUCAAAUAUCUGAACACUUUUCGAACUUAUUAGCAGAAUUGCAGAAAUAAUUCAUUACAUGUUUCAAUACCUGGAAGACGAAGAAUUAUUAGUAUGCAGACGUGUCUGUACAAGAUGGAGAGACGUGGACGGAAUCGUGUAUCACAAAGUACCACUGCUAAUUAUUAUAAAGGAUGUUCCAGUUGAUUUGUAACGUAAGAAUCGGAGAAACUACAUCUUUACGUUUAUUUAACAACAACUUUCAAUACGAUUGGUCUGGAGAUACGGUUGUCUUCUAAGAACCAAUUAGUCUGUCCAAACAUGAAGGAAUGUCUUUGUUUUCAUCAUUCAACUGGUGGGUGAGAAAGUUACAUGAGGAAGUACAGUCAUUCCCAGUGUCUCAAAUUUUCAUGCACGGAAGAAACGAUAAAACUAAGUGAUAAUUUGAAAUAUUGAUGUUAAGAGAUAGCUGAUUUUUCACAUAAUAUGGGGCCACUAACAAGAGAAAGAAACUUUGUGUACUCUGUGGCACAGAUUUUCCAAAUAUACUAUUUGAAGAAAAAGCAUUUCAACUGGAAAAAAAAUCUAAUUCAACCAGUAAUUGACUAAGCAUUUAUGUGGAAAAGUGAUCAGCAAGUAUGCCUCUUAAUUCCCUCUAUUGUUACCUGUUUUUUGGAUGCAAAACACAUGCCAGUAAUCACCGUUGCCGAACGGAAGAAUGUAAAAGUGUAUGAGCUACA